CUUUCAAGCCCGGUCCGCAUUAAACUACCGACAGGACAUCGCUGGCGAUGACAGGAGAGAAGAUCCGUUCUCUCCACAGGGACCAAAAGCCCAGCAAGGAUGAGGAUCUACUGGAGCCCGACGAAGAGGCUACGGCCGACGGAACCUUCACCCGGACGAGCAAAUUGAAAAGCAGCAAGAUGUUCAGUAAUCACAAAGUGAUCCGGUCCCCGUCCAACCCAGCCCUGCUCCAGAACCACCACCACCACCACCAGCAGCAAAUCAGCCCCAUGACUCCCGGGGAGAGCAAGACGGACGUGUACUUCCCAGUGCACGAGUGUGUCAUCAAGGGGGACAUCCGCAAGCUCUCCUCCCUCAUCAGAAGCCACAACAUCGGCCAGAAGGACAAUCACGGUAAUACUCCAUUACACCUCGCUGUGAUGUUGGGCAACAAAGAAUGUGCCCACCUUCUUCUGGCUCACAAUGCUCCAGUAAAAGUGAAAAAUGCUCAGGGUUGGAGCCCUCUGGCAGAGGCCAUCAGCUAUGGAGACAGACAGAUGAUUACAGCAUUACUACGAAAGCUAAAGCAGCAGUCCAGGGAAAGUGUUGAAGAAAAGAGACCUCGUCUUUUAAAGGCCCUAAAGGAGUUAGGAGACUUUUACUUAGAACUUCACUGGGAUUUUCAAAGUUGGGUGCCUUUACUAUCCCGUAUCCUGCCUUCUGAUGCAUGCAAGAUUUAUAAACAAGGUAUAAACAUCAGGCUUGACACUACUCUUAUAGACUUCACAGACAUGAAGUGCCAACGAGGGGAUCUAAGCUUCAUUUUUAAUGGAGAUGCUGCACCCUCAGAAUCAUUUGUAGUUUUAGACAACGAACAGAAAGUUUACCAGCGAAUACACCAUGAGGAAUCCGAAAUGGAAACUGAAGAAGAGGUGGACAUUUUAAUGAGCAGCGAUAUUUAUUCAGCCACCUUGUCGACAAAGUCCAUUACUUUUUCACGUGCGCAAACAGGAUGGCUUUUCAGAGAGGAUAAAACGGAACGAGUAGGAAAUUUCCUAGCAGAUUUUUAUACAGUUAAUGGGCUUAUAUUGGAGUCCCGAAAAAGAAGAGAACAUCUCACGGAAGAGGACAUUCUCAGAAAUAAAGCCAUUAUGGAAAGUUUGAGUAAAGGAGGGAACUUGAUGGAACAAACUUUUGAGCCUGUGCGGAGACCAUCACUGACACCACCACAGCCUAACACAAUCACCUGGGAAGAGUACAUUUCUGCUGAAAAUGGAAAAGCUCCUCACCUUGGCAGAGAACUUGUUUGCAAAGAGAAUAAGAAAACAUUUAAAGCCACUAUUGCUAUGAGUCAGGAUUUUCCUCUGGAAAUUGAAUCACUCUUGAAUGUUUUAGAAGUCAUUGCACCUUUCAAGCACUUUAAUAAACUCCGAGAAUUUGUGCAGAUGAAGCUUCCUCCCGGGUUUCCUGUAAAGCUUGAUAUCCCUGUUUUUCCAACAAUCACAGCCACUGUAACAUUUCAGGAGUUUCACUAUGGAGAAUUUGAAGACGCAAUUUUUACAAUACCUGAUGACUACAAGGAGGACCCGAGCCGUUUCCCCGAUUUAUAAUGGCUUACAACCGUUCAAUGCAAGAAAUGAAUGUUCAAUUGGUGUAAAGGAUCGUCUGGCAAACUGGUGUGAAGUUCUGCAUUUCACUGUGGAAAUGUAAAAAGGUACAUCAGCCCUCCCCAAGGGUUGGUCCAGCUUAUUCCAGGAUUCCUGUCCCCACAAUUGCUGCAAAACGGCCGCUACUGUAAAUCAGGGGAACUGCUGCUGAAAAAUAGAUGCCCUUCCCUUUGUAAUGAAACCCCCCCCCCCCAUAUAGUGCAUUCCUCCUAAGAUUUAGGUUAGUAUUCCGUGUAGGGCCUUCUCUAGAAAUCAUUUACUCCGAUUCCACCUCUUAUUUUAGGGUGAACUUUUAAGUCUCAUAAGAAAUUUCUUUUUAAAUUAUACACUGUGUAACAUUUUGUAUAGAACCUUGCUUGUUUGCCGAAAAUGUAUAAAAUAGAAAUAACCUGUAGAUAAUGAACCAAAUACUGAAUUUAAAUAUUGUUGCCAACUCAACCUAUUGCAAUAGCUGUUAUAGAAAUCAAUCCCAUUGUGCAGGGACACUAUGGGGGAUAUUAAUCAAAAUCCGAAAUUAUUAUUAUUACCAAUACUAGGGAUGCACCAAAUCCAGAAUUCGGUUGAGGAUUCUGCCUUUUUCCGAAUCCUUCUGCCCGGCCGAACCGAAUCCUAAUUUACAUAUGUGUAACAGCGUUACUUUUUGUCACAAAACAAGGAAGUAAAAAAUGUUUUCCCCUUCCCACCCCUAAUUUGCAUAUGCAAAUUAGGAUUUGGUUUGGUAUUUGGCCAAAUCUUUCACAAAGAUCCAAAAUAGUGAGUUCGGUGCAUCCCUAACCAAUAAAUUUUCCAGAAAAAUUCCAGUCCUGGAAAAAACUAAAAAAAAAA